AUGGCACUGACCGCUUCUGCCAUGGCUUGGGAACUUGGCACAAACCUAACGAACUCUCCAGAAUGUUGUAACAUCCUUCAAAAAGCCGGCCUUGCAAAUGUUUACCUCCCAGGAGACGAAACCUACGCCGCGCAGAUCUCGUCCUACUGGUCCGUCUCAGUCCAAUUGCAUCCCUACUGCAUCGUGCAGCCAGAAACUACAGCCGAUGUCUCAACGACCAUCACCACACUGGUAGAAGAAACAAACUGCAAGUUCGCCAUCCGCAGCGGCGGCCACUCUUCCAACCCCGGCGCCAACAACAUCGAGAAAGGCGUCACCAUUGACCUGAGCCGCAUGAACACCACAACGCUCUCCCCCACCGGCGACACCGUAUCCAUCCUUCCCGCCGCACGCUGGGGUCAGGUCUACCAGUACCUCGACGCACAAAACCGGGGCAUCCCAGGCGGGCGCCUCGGCGCCGUCGGCGUCGGCGGCCUAGUCACCGGCGGCGGGCUUUCGUUCUACGUGAACCGGCAAGGCCUGGUAUGCGACAACGUGCGCAACUUCGAGGCUGUGCUCGCGAGCGGAGAGGUCGUUGAUGCGAAUGCGACACACAAUAGGGAUUUAUUCACUGCUUUGAAGGGCGGGUCCAGCAACUUCGGUGUUGUCACACGGAUUGAUAUCGACACGUUCCCGACGUCCCCAAUUUGGGGCGGCGAAAGGACGUACCCGGUGGCGCAGGCUGAGUACUUCUACCCUGUGAUGGUGGACUGGACAAACAACAUCGAGGAGUAUCAGAAUGGGUCGGCGCUUGUGUUCUUGUAUCAUGAGUCUUUGAGAAACGAGACGCUCAUUCAUGGCGUCUACACUGAUGUUUCUGGUACUGUUGCUGCGCCGGCAUUCGACAAAUUUCUAGCUAUCCCGGGACACACGUCUUCGAAUUUGGGGAUGACCAACAUGUCCACUUUGUCCCGGGCAUCACAAGCGCCAGGGUACCGAAGAAGGGAUGUUUGGUUCACUGUUACCUUCAAGAAUGAUGAGCGUGUCAUCAAGAAAGCUGUCGAUCUUCAUAAUUCCCUCGUCGAAGAGUUAAAACAGGAGUCUUCCGAUGGCGAUUUCAUCAUGCAAGCUUUCUUCCAGCCAUUUCCCACAGUCAUCGGCAAGCAUUCGGCCGAGAAAGGUGGCAACAUUGCCGGGAUUGAUGCCAUUGACGAAAACGCCAUCGUAAUGUUGGGAUCGCUAGCCGUUAACGGAGCGGACCAAGAAGUCAUGGGCCGAGAGAAAAUGCUUGCUUGGAAAGAUGUCGUGGAAGGUUAUAGCGAGAGCAUCGGUGCCGGUGUGAGCUUCCGCUACUCCAACUACGCCGACCGCUCUCAAGAUGUGCUCCGCAGCUACGGCGAGGAUAACGUUCGCAAGAUGUGGGACGUUUCGAAAAAGUAUGAUCCGGAAGGUGUUUUCCAGACAAGGGCUCCUGGUGGUUUCAGAUUGCCAACGGAUUUGUGA